AUGACAAUUAAAUUUUUAAUCAAAGAAUCUGGAAAUGCCCUUAAAAUCAUGAAGUUAAUGAAGGAUCUAGGGCUAGACCCAGAGAAAGAAAUUUUUGCUAUUCUUAAGAGUGGUUUGACUGAUUCAGAAAAGAAAUUCCUAUGGAGUAUUGUGUAAAAACUAUAAAAUUCCUCAGAUUAAAAAAUUUAAGUUGAAAGCCCACUUCAUAUUGAUGGAAGAGUCCAAGUCCUGGAACCCUUACAUAUCGAUGGUAGACUAUAGGUUGAAGAACCUCUACAUAUUGAUGGUAGAGUUUAUGUUUAAAGUCCACUACAUAUUGAUGGAAGAAUGGUUGAUUUGAAUGUUUAAUAUCCUUAAUUAUCUUACUACAGAGGAAGAAUCACUCAUCAAUAUCCACCUCAAGUAGAGUUGAUUCACACUGAUGGUAGAAUGGCACAAGUUCAAUCUUAUAAUGACGGCUCUAUUGCCAAAAAGAUAAGAGGAAUAAGAAUCCCAUAAUCUGAGCUUGAUACUUUCAGAAAAUAUUGA